AUGCCUAGAUUCUCCGUUGCUUUUAGCAAGCGGAAACCCGCUGCUGAUGUCGUCGAGAAUGUACCGGUGACAAACUCAGAAGCCCCAUCGUUCAGGGUGAUUGAACGAUCGGAGAUUCAAAACGGACGGUCAUUCGAUGGCGGUGCUCGAUUGGCUAGGGCGUCAAAGUCGUUUCCCAUCAAGACGAAUCACCUGGUCGACUUCGAGCAAGAGGAUAACAUGUUUGCUGAUCUCAAGGUCAAUCGGUAUGUCUUCUUUCUCAUCCUAUUUUCUCCCCCCAUUUCCCACCCUUUGCCAGUUGAACAUAUUCCUGGCGGAACACACCUUUUGAGCGCUUUUCCUUGCCACAAGAGUGUCCAUUGUCAAGCCUUUGCGGAUCUCGCCCCGAGUGCUAAUGACUACUCCUCCAGAGGCAGUAACAUAUCCAACACUACCAAAGGAACGUCGACCGACACCUCUUCAAGGCAUAGCAAUGCAUCUACCGCCCCGUCAUCCGCCGACAUGGGAGGCUCCAAUGGCUAUGAUGACAACCGACCACCGCCUAAAUCGGCACCACAGGAAGGUCCGAGCCGCAAUGGAUCCAAAUCCAUUGGCUCUGGCUUGCUGGACCGAGCAACCCGGACCUUUUCAUUUGGAGGACAAAAAAAGCACUCCAUCCCUCCACCCAAGCAGGACCCCAUUCCUGAUCUGCCUCCUGUCUUGAGCCUUGGUGGUGAGAAUCCUGGUGCUGGAAUUUCUAGGGGCAUGACGGCGUCCACAGCAAGCACAGCCACUCCAACCAACACCACUACUGGGAGCAGCGACACGGCCCCAGGGGGAGGAGGAGGAGGAGCGCUGGAUUUAGGCGGUGACUUUGGCUCCAUGUUCAAGAGCUUCGAUAAGAGAGCAAGCACGGCAACGCUGACGCUGGCUAACCAAGACUUGGCCGCUCCCAGAUCGUUGACUGGUAAUCGUUACGGACCACCUGGUCCCAUCAGUCCAGACACCAUGACGCCAACCGAGCCGCUCUUGAACCAGCGACACAGCCCAACAUACAGCGACGACACUCCGACAUCGCCUGCAUCUGUCCAAGACGAUGUGCCGCCACCCGUGCCUCGACAUGAACACCUCAAUUCGUUCAAGUACUCUAGCCGGCCCUCUGAUGUCGUAGAGGACGAAGAUGCAAAGCUGCUGCGUGAUUCUUUUAAGGCCAUGAAAUUCUUGUCUGAUCCCAAAGACAAACCACAAGGUCAUUCCUCACGCCCUCGUUAUGGGGAGGACUCAUUUACUGCGGUACCGUCGAAACCAAUUGCCUCGAACUUUGAAAAGGAGGAAAACAUGUUUGAAGGUAGUCUGUCCAGAGUCAAUCGAGUGUCCCACCGAUAUGCUCCACGGUCGUCGAAUCCUCCGCGCAAUAAAGUCAUGACUCCUGCACAGUUUGAAAAGUACCGACAGGACAAGGAAGGUCUGGGAACUGCCCAGCAGCUCAACAACAACAUCAAGCCGACGGCAAAAGUCGAGGAUGAUGAGGACGACGAAAUCAACUACGACGACGACGAAGAUGAGCAGGAAAAGUCUAAGCAGCAGACUCGGCAAAGGCGAAAGCAAGAGGCUCACAUGGCGGUUUAUAGGCAGCAAAUGAUGAAGGUUACGGGAGAAACCAAUGCAGCACCGCUACCCACGAGGCAGCCAGUCCGGCCUGGCAUGGUCCCGUCCUCUAGCGCACCGACCCUGAGCCACCUGAAGGCGCCAUCGCCAGAUCCCGCAGCGACAACGGGCACCUCAUCUGAAGAGGACGACGAGGACGUUCCGCUGGCCAUCCUUCAAGCUCACGGGUUCCCGACCAAGAACAGGCCGCCAACUCGCCUCAGCACGUCUGGAUCGAACCCGAACCUGCGAGCCUCAGUCGUGGGCAUGCCUGGUGUGCGUGCACCGUCCGCCAUGGGUGGCGAUUCAGCGUCCAUGAGCGGCCGGCGUCAUUCUACCCUCCCGGCGUUUGCGCGAAAUCUGCCUCAAGAUCCAUUUGUCGGGGCCAGCAUCGCUCGACCUGCCAUUAGAGAGUCACUGACUUUUGGUGGGGACGCCAGACAACCCUCGCCGCAGCCGCCGCAGGCUGGUCCCCUUCCACCGGGCGGCCUCGUUGGUGUGAUCGCCAACGAGGAGCGGUCACGAGCAAUGCGUCGCGGUAGCCCUAGCAUUGACCAUAACAAGUUGAUUGGCGGUGCAAUGAACGCCGGCAAUGGCAAUGUUGGAUACGACCCGUUUGCCGCCAUGCCUCCUCACAUGAUGUACCAGCAGGGUGGCGGGAUGCCAGGCAUGCACGGCAUGCCGCAAAUGCACCAGAUGCCACAGCCGCCUAUGUUGACUCCAGGUGACCAGGCGCAAAUUCAAAUGACGCAUCAAAUGCAGCAGUUUAUGCAGAUGCAGAUGCAGUUUAUGCAAAUGAUGGCGGGAAAUCCAAACGGCGGCGGAGCUCCCCAAAUGCAGCAGCAGCAGCCUCCGAUGCAGCCCUCUUAUGGUGGCCAUAUGCCGGGAAAUCAGUCCAUGGGAGAUCUCUCACGCCACUCAUUGAUGAUUGACCCCAUGAUGGAACCUCGCCGAAUGGAUCACGGUAUGCGUACCAUGAGUAUGGUGCAGCCGAGCUCGGCUUCCUUUAUGGCGCCUGGUGGUCGACAGGGGCCGCCAUCUAUUCGUGGAUCCGGCGGCCAUGGCACCUACUCACCCUCUAUCGCCCCUUCAGAAAGAAGCAAUGUUGGCCUGCCCGGACGAUAUAGACCGGUAUCUCAGGCACCGGCUGCAGCGGCUCCUCUUCCGGGGCAGCACGUGCGGUCAAACACAAUGUCUGGCGGGCUAUCCCUCUCCAAUUGGAGCGACGACAAGAGCAAGUCGACUGUGAAGCUCAUGGCCAACUCUCGCGAUGGCUCAGACGACGACGACGAGCAAGGCUGGGAAGCCAUGAAGACCAAGAGAGAGAAGAAGCGAUCCAUUUGGAGGACCAAGCGGAACACCGCCAAUGAGCUAAACAUUGCCUUUUGA